AUGUCAUAUCAGUAUUCCAAGAAGUUUAUAGACGCUGAGGUCAGAAUAUUGAAUGAGCCCUUGGUAUUGAACACGGGAGAGUUCGAGGGCAUCGACGGAGCGUCAUUGAAGAAAUUGCAGCAGGCUGUGAACAGAGUUAACAUAAACCUCAGGAAGCACAACAGGAUACUAUUCAAUUCCCAGAUAGUGGAGCAGGUAGCGCAGCAAAUAGUUAAGAGUGAGCACAAGAAAUUGCUUGCGGUGGAUGAGAUGCUUCAGAAAUUGCAGUGUAUUAUGAUUCCUAUAGUGGUGCCGAACUUAAAUAGGAACAGGUAUACUAUGAAUCAGUUUAGCGAAUUGAUUAGAGAGUUACCGGAAUCGAAGUAUCUCUUUGGAGAGGAGUUUUCUGGUGGGGUUAGCAGUGGCCCUUCUACAGGUGCAAGGGCAAGUUUAUCGUCUGGCGAGGAGGAGAAUGAAGAUGAUAGCGAUGCCGUCAAUGAAACUGGAUUGGUCCAGGAUGAGUAUCAAACGCUAGAUCAAGUAGAAGUCGAUCCCAGUCUAAAGUACGAGCCCAAGAGACAGCGGAGGGCCCAAAGGCAUCUCAAAAAGCAGAUAUACGAGCAAAUCCAGAAGAUGGACACCGGGAGGAGCAGCUUGUUGAACGAGUACGAUGAGCUCAGAGAGAAGUUGAUAGCGUUGGACGCACAGUUGGCCUACAAAGUCAGCAAGUUGGAGUACUUGAAGGGCUUGAAAAGGUCCAUAAACCAGACUUUCGCCCUUGAAGUCCCCACAGGAACUUCCAAUGGCUCCAAAUCGAGAGAGAACCUAGAUAGUGACGAAGAAAUCGAACUGGAAGCAGAUGCUGACGACUUUGCAGACAGCACCAGCACGAACGGAUUGCAAAAGAACUUGAUAUACGCUGCAGGCAGCAACGGGAGCGAAGAGACUUCCCUAUACACUGAGCUUGGUAAGUUCCGGGUAUUGGUGGAGAAAUUAAACUACAAUCUAAGCAAGAGCAGUGCGUAA